CAUUCUCAUCAAAAACUUGACCUCUGACGACACGGGACCCUACUGGUGCUGUUACUCAAAGUUUGAUCAGAAGACUGCUUCAGUCAUACACAAGAAAGGGACCGGGUCUGUGCUCCUGGUGGUGCUCCUGGUGGUGUCAGGAACAGAACCAGCACCGAAGCAGUGUGACACAUCGUCAGAUAAGAAUCUGGUCGUGGUGUCUGUCGUGAUCUCUGCUGCUGUGCUGCUUGGCAUCGUCAUCGGUUUCUUCAUAUGGAUCACCCUCAAGACCAAGACUUUGCGCAACACAGUGAAACCAAGACGCGCCACCACGAAUGAUGUUUAUGAGGACAUGCGAGGAACACUCAGACGCUAAGGAUGUCGGCCUGCCAGCAACCAACCUGAAACUCCUGUCUCUGCACCACUGAGGUGCAAGUGAUGCAUCUAAAGCAAUGUAGCAACUCGGUAUGUUCUCCGACAUGCUCUGAUAUCUCUUUAGACCAUGUGUGUGUCUGUGUGUGUGUACAGUUUACUGUAUGUCAGUGACACACAGUUAUGUAAAUAUGUCUUUAAUUUCAGCCAUUCCUUGUUUUUGCAGAUGGUUUAUUUGCUGUAUUACUAAAGAGUUACUUUGAAACCUAUAAAAUGUGUAUACUGUGUAAUGUAACAAUAAUAGCUGUAAUUUGCUGUCUACAUAAAUAAAACGAUUCAUAUGUGGGA